AUGUCUCAACAAAUAUCUCGAUGUGAACAAUGUCAACAGCAAUAUACAUUAUUUCGACGAAAAAAACAAUGUAAUUUAUGUGGACAAAUAUUUUGUUCAAAAUGUGUUCAAAAACCAACAAAUUUGAUGUCAUUGAAUAAUUCACGUAUAUGUACAAUUUGUUUAUUAAUUAUAAAUGAACGUACAACUUAUGAUCAAUUAGCAUCAAUUCGUAUAAAACAUCUUCGUGCUUAUCUUAUUCAUUCAAAAAAAGUAUCUUUAAAUCGUCUUGAAUCAUGUUUUGAAAAACAAGAUUUAAUUAAUUUAAUUCAAUCAGAAAAAAGUCGAAUAUCAGAAGAAAGUUAUGUUUUUGUUGAACGAUCUUCAACAACAAAUAAUAAUAAUCAUCAACAAGUUCAACAACCAACAGUAAAUACAGAUGAAGAGAUAUUAUCAUCUAAUGUUGUCAAUUCUUCAUUUUCAACAAAUGAAACAGAAACAGAAACGGAAACUCCUAUUGAAACUUCAUCAGUAAAUAUUAAUUCUUCACUUCCAACAAAUGAAUCAGAAAUAGAAACUCCUAUUGAACCAACAUCAUUAAUAAAUUCUAAUUCUUCAGUUUCAACAAAUGAAACAGAAAUAAAAACUUCAAUUGAAAUAUCUUCUUCAAAGACAAAUUCUAAUCGUAUAGCUCUUAAUGAUAUUUCAUCAUUAGAAUCAAUACAUAAUUUAACAAUUCGACAAUUAAAAGAUAUUUUAAAACAAAAUUUUGUAUCUAUGACAGGAUGUGUUGAAAAACAAGAAUUAAUUAAUAAAGUUGAAUUACUUUUUCAAGAUUAUCAACAACAAAAACAAUUAAAUACAAAUAUUACUAAUGAACAAUCAGAUGAAGAUCUAUGCAAAGUAUGUAUGGAUGCAAAGAUUGACUGUGUCUUUCUUGAUUGUGGUCAUUUAUGUACAUGUAUACGAUGUGGUAAACAAUUAUCUGAAUGUCCAUUAUGUCGAUGUUAUAUUAUACGUGUCGUACGUGUUUUCAAAAGUUAA